ACGAGCGGCAAACCACAGAAGAAGAAACUCCCCUUUGAAAUGAAUCGAAUGAAAGUGCUCGGCUGAUGAAUCACUUACUUUUUAUUCUAUGAGACUUGUUUAAAGACCAUUGAAGGCUUCGGUUUGGAGUGAUAAUGUCAGGGAUACCUCCAGACACAUGGCAACCGCCAACAGUUGCUCUGGACACGACGAUGGGGACGGUUGUGGUGGAGCUGUACUGGAGACAUGCACCCAAGACCUGCAAGAACUUCGCGGAGCUGGCCAGAAGAGGCUACUACACCAACACAAAGUUUCACCGUAUCAUCAAAGAAUUCAUGGUACAGGGAGGAGACCCAACAGGGACAGGUCGUGGUGGUGCCUCCAUAUUUGGUAAACAGUUUGAAGAUGAGCUCAACCCAGAGCUAAAAUUCACAGGAGCUGGUAUUUUGGCAAUGGCCAAUGCAGGACCGGACACAAAUGGAAGCCAGUUCUUCCUCACUCUGGGACCCACUCAGUGGUUGGAUGGAAAACACAGCAUCUUUGGAAGAGUCUGUCAGGGGAUGGGAGUUCUGAACAGGAUUGGAAUGGUAGAAACAGACGGUCAAGAUCGGCCAGUCGAUGAUAUUAAAAUCAUCAGAACUAAUGUAGCCAAUUAAGCAAAUACCGAUUGUUUCCUGUUUUUUUUUACACUGAUUUCUUUUCUUUUUUUUAUUUUAAAUAAAUCUUUGUAAAAUA